UCAAAUACCGUAGUUUCGCAGAAAUGGAAGGGGAGGCGGACAGUCAAAGUAUAGCAAAUAGUAAUUGUUCGGAGCUGGAUCAUGACAAGAGUUCGUCGAGUAGUAAAUGUUGUGUUGAAAGGGACUCUUUAAUCUGUCCAAAAAGCGAAAGCACGUCGAAAGUGGAUAGUGUAACAGCACCAUGUAACUUCGACGAGAAGACGGACAGCGAACCAGCUUCAACGCUAGUGGCAAUAAAAAGACUGUCUGGAUGGAUGUCACCAAAUAAUUUGGGGAUUGUGAAUGAUCUGUCAAAGGACGAGAAGAAUAAGGAAAACCUCAGUAGUAGUAUAAUAAAGGAAACGUCAAGGGCACGUUGUCCAACAGAUUCACCAAACGGCCUCUAUAAAGGUAACGUCCAAACAAGUGAGGACAUCAUGUCCCCACAAAGAGACGACUCGGAGAUUCUGCGGAGAGCCAAAGAGGACGGUGUAGUGGACGUGGUCUUCCCUGGAUAUGUCACAAAAGAAGCCUGUUGUCACUUUGUUGGAGAAAUCCUGAAGUGUGUUCUCUACCAGCGACAACAGUUGCCAAUGACGUAUGAUCAGCUGAAGUACCAUCACAAGCGACAGCAGUCAUCUAAACAGGACGAUGAGAUAGUGAGGCGGAGACCACCACCAGCCAAAGACGUCGGGGGCUUGGACUGGAAAAAAUGCCAGCGCACACUCCAGGACAUCGAGGAGGUGCUGGGCCACCUGGAGCUGCUCUUCUCCCUCACGCGGGUUCCUCGCGUUCUCCUGGUGCUCGGAGGCACCCUCCUUCUCCCCAAGGAGCUCUACGAUAUCAACAUGGAGGAGGUGGCGCUCAGAACCGGCGACGGCUGCCUCCGGACUUCCGUGUGUUUGCGGAAGAUCUUCCGCACUCUGUUCGUGGCCGACAUCUUGACGGACACCCGGCCCGUGCAGCUCCUGCCCCUGACGCUGCUGGCACUAGGCCACAGAGACUGUGGCGUGAGCGGGCUUCGACCCAAGCUGGAUUACAAGGUGCCCACACGAGUGAAGCGACAGGUCAUCCGCUUGGCUUCCGAGCCACAUCUAGUUGGCGCUUCUCAGUCACACUCAGCCGACUGGGAGGACUAUGUGUGGUUUCAAGCGCCACUGAACAUCAAGGGAUUCUGCAAAUGAUGACUCUCUCAGCAGUGUUUUGCAUCCUCAGACUGGUGCAGUGAAUGUCAAGAGGAGUCUCCAUAGUGCAAAUCAGGGCCAGGGACAUGAUUAAGGGAACAUCAGCCAGAGAUUCUCAGGACCUUGCCUCUUCCUCAAUGGCACUGCUAUUUUAAAGUGCAGUAUUUUGAACAUUUAAGACCCUUUUCUGAGUUUCUCUGCAAUGUUUAAGAGUCCCCCUCACUGUUUAUUUCAUGUUUGCUGCUGUCUCUGUGACUUGGGCAAUUUUGGAUUUUAUCUCAACCAGCCUUUGAAUGGCUGUCUAUGGGCAUUUCCAAAUCUGUUCUUAAAAUCACCCUAAGCAUUUGUUUUCAAUAAUGUGCAACUCACCCAUUGUUCAGGGGAAUUCACUGGUAUUCCAUGACACUUAUCGUAGGAAAACAUGGCUUCUGUCUUUCAUGUAGCACUUAGUAAAUACUUUUUAUUUUCUUUCAUUCACAAAAUUGCAAAUAAAAAAUGACAGAAGCCAUAUUUCACCUUAACUUGUGUUUCAAUACCCCUAAUCACUUAGUGAACCGCAUACUUUGGAAAACAAAUGUUUAGGGUGGUUUUUAAAAACGUAUUUGGACAUGCCCAUAGACUGCCAUUGUAAAGCCAAAUUGAGACAAAAUACAAAUUAGCCAAAUAACAGUGCCCACACCAAACAUGAAAAAAGCGGUGAGGGGGACUGUAAAACAUUGCAGAGAACUCAGAAAAGGGGCUUUGAUGUUCAAAACGGUGCUCUUAUCCUUUCAUUUUAAAUUAUAUUAAAUGGUGAUUAUAUAAGUGCAGGUUUUAUCUCUUGCAUUUUGCUUUGCAUUUUUAAUAUGUUUUAGGGAUUCGUUUAGGGAACCUCUGCAGGCUUAUUUGAAGAUAACAGUACAAUCAUUUAUAUGCUUGAAUGAUACUGGGCACAAAGCCAUAUCCCUGCUUUUAACUGUACGUGGAGUGGAUGCAUAUUUAUGAAUUUUACUCAGGCAAAACUAAAGUUCUAGGUUUUUUUUACAAGCAUUAAUACCUCCAAAUUCUUUCAUAGGACUAAGACAUUUCAAACAUGCUAUCCAUUGACGAAGCAGGUCGUUUACAUACGAUAAAUGUGGUUUCAUAACCUAUUUUUGUUGUUUUGUAUGGUUGUCUUCCUCAAAUGUUCUCCACAUACAGAACCUACAGAGACAUUAGUGGAGCGACACUUAAUUGUCUGUGUUUUUUGUGUCGUUAAGACAUCUCCCUUUUGAUGUUCUUUAACCUGAACUUAAUGUUUGUCUUGAAUGAUGCGGCUUGGCUAGAUGUGACCCCAAGAAUUGUCUGCAUGUUGGUGUGUAUGGUUGUUUUUUUAUUGUGUUUAUUUUUGCAUCAUUAAAGCCUCAGAGAGUGGGUUUACA